AUGGCGAUUUGGCGACGCUUUGUCUAUUUAUCACAAUCCAGAAUGGCUGAAGAUUUGGAUGUUGAAGCUAUGCUUGAAGCUCCUUACAUUAAAUCUAAGUAUCCCUGUGUGAUGUUAGCGCUGUGUUCAACCUUAGUCAGUGGUUUUGAGAACGGUAAGUUUAUAUCUGGAACAGCUCAACCACCACCCAUGGGCACACGGUCAUUCAAACAGCCUACUGAUAACUCGUCAUCGAAGCAUCGAUCGGACAAGUACUCUGAAAAGCAUAGAGACAAAGACAAGGACAGUAGUCGAAGACGUAGCAGAUCAAGAGACAGAAGAAGAUCGCGGGAUAGGGAUCGCCGGUCAAGAGACCGAGACGACAAGAGAGACAGGGAUCGCGAUAAGGAUAGAGAGCGCAAGGAUCGUGAUAAGGACCGUAACUACAGAGACAAAGACCGUGAUCGAGAAAGAGAGCCGAGGGAUAAAGAACGUGAAAGAGAUCGUGAUAAGAGACGUAGCAAAGAAAGAAAUCGCAGUCGAGACAGAGAAAGAAGUCGUGAAGCACAUUCGCACAAAAGAGAAAAAAGUGGAGAAGAAGAACCUAGAAAGGAAUACAGGUCUGCGUCAAGAGGAGUUGAACCAAAAUUGGAGGAUUUACCUCCAGAGGAGCGGGAUCUGCGCACAGUAUUUUGCAUGCAACUAUCACAAAGAAUAAGAGCUAAAGAUUUAGAAGAAUUUUUUUCGUCUGUUGGGAAAGUAAGAGAUGUUAGACUUAUUACAUGUAAUAAAACAAGACGGUUCAAGGGUAUAGCUUACAUUGAGUUCAAAGAUGCCGAAUCUGUUCCCCUAGCAUUAGGUUUGACUGGGCAAAAGUUGUUGGGUGUUCCUAUUAUUGUUCAACACACACAAGCAGAAAAAAACAGAGUUGGUAACUCCUUACCAAACUUAGCACCAAAGGCCAGUAAUGGUCCAACAAGGUUAUAUGUUGGUUCCCUUCACUUUAAUAUCACCGAAGACAUGCUAAGAGGAAUUUUUGAACCAUUUGGUAAAAUUGAUCACAUUCAACUCAUGACUGAUCCAGAUACUGGAAAAAGUAAAGGCUAUGGUUUUCUCACAUUCCACAAUGCCAAUGAUGCUAAGAAAGCUAUGGAGCAAUUGAAUGGGUUUGAGCUUGCUGGCCGGCCUAUGAAAGUUGGCAAUGUGACUGAGCGAGCUGAUGGAGGAUCUAACACACGCUUUGAUGCUGAUGAACUGGACCGGGCUGGAGUGGAUUUAGGUGCUACAGGCCGCUUACAGUUAAUGUUCAAACUAGCUGAGGGCACAGGGUUACAGAUCCCACCAGCUGCAGCUUCAGUAUUAAUGGGUGCCGGAACCGCUUUAGCUGCUCAACCACAAAUAGCUCCGCCAAUUGCAACACAAUGUUUUAUGCUCAAUAAUAUGUUUGACCCAGCUACGGAAACAAACCCCAAUUGGGACAUAGAGAUACGGGAUGAUGUUAUCAGUGAAUGUAAUAAGCAUGGUGGUGUUUUGCAUGUGUACGUCGAUAAGGCGUCGCCCCAAGGAAAUGUAUACUGCAAAUGCCCUACUAUAGCAACGGCCGUCGCCUCUGUCAACACGCUGCACGGCCGAUGGUUCGCAGGGCGCGUGAUCACAGCAGCCUAUGUUCCCCUUGUCAAUUAUCAUUCCCUAUUUCCCGACGCCAUGACUGCUCUCACACUACUGCUGCCAACAAGGCAAAAAUAA